CCACCAGGGAUAGCAGUGGGUACGGCGAAGGCGAAAAUAACUGCUUUCCGGCGCUAAAGAGAUGGGAAGUUCGUCUUCCGAUGAUUUCUCCGUCUUUGUUGUCGCCUCCGAUUUGGGCGUCGACGCACGCCCUUUCCUGACCAACUAGGACAGAGAAGCAGAUGAACAGGCGAACUGGCAAGACUGUUCGCAGCACUUCUCCUCCUCUUCAGACGAAGAUUUCUGCGAUCUCGAAUUCCUGCGAUCUCGAAUUCCUGCAGUUCUUCCGCAUAGGGCUCCGAUAAAUCCGGAAACCGCAUCUUCCGCAUCGUGGAAAAGUACUUUCCCGCUCCUGUUGUGAGUGGUGACCGGCUGAAGAAAUAUAUAUUUCAGAAAAUAUGCACUGAGUUGCCUGAAGGGCCAUCCUGCAUUGUUUAUAUGCAUGGCACAGCGCAAAAGGAGGAUGACUCCCCUGGUCUUACUAUCUUGAGGUGGAUUUAUGAAGAGCUUCCCUUGGAUAUCAAGGAUAGGCUGCAAGUCGUGUACUUCAUACACCCUGGGCUGUGGUCAAGACUUGUUUUUGCCACUUUUGGCCUAUUUUUCUAAAGUGGCAGCUUAUACUGGAAGAUCAAGUACGUAAGCCGUUUGCAGUACCUCUGGGAGGACAAGAAGAAGGGGAGGUUGAGAUUCGAAUUUGUGUAGAAUCACGAUGAUAUUCUUGAGCACAGACCACUGACAGAUUAUGGCAUUGAACCAGACCCUCUCCACCUAACAGGGGUGCCUGCUGCAGCUUUACUCAUUUGGGAGUAAUGAAGAGAGAUGGACCUCAAUGGAAUUCCUUUCAUAGUCUUGCUGUUAUGUACAUACAGACCCAUGACCCCUCCCAAACCGAAAAUAAGGUUGCUUUGUAUCU